GUCACAUGACUCCACAUCCGCUCUAUGACUAUUGCUGUUUGGAAGCUAUGACAACGAACCGUGACAGUUGGAUGAAUGGCCUCUAGGAAGAAGAAGCUUUCCUCCUCUAAAGUGCAUCAAAAGUCUCUGAAAUGUACCGUAUACCUGGACAUUCAGGCAGUCACAUGUCCAGGAGUGCUUCUGUAUAAGAAGAACGAUAUCUACCUCAGUGUGUGUAUCAUGGGCCAGUACAGGAAGACUCCCUGUUUGCCCCCUGUCUUCCCUUUACUCUUCCACCACAAAAUGGUCUUUGUCAAGACUUUCCCUGGCGUUGUUGACCCUGCUGAUGUAGCUGACCUCCUCGCAGCUGACACAACAUCUUUUGAGCUGAUUCAGUUGGUGCCUCCAGAGGGUGAGAUCUUAGCCACGAUGGAGGAAAGCAGCAGAGAUUUCCUGUACCCUGAUCCCAGACUGAGCUCCAGAGAAGGAGCUGCAGAGAGAGAAAUACUGAUGAAGAGGUCCUCCUCCUUUCCUGGAAUCUCCCCCAAAGUGGAGUUUGCUAUGACAUCAGUCGUAGAAGAGAGUGAUGGGAAAGACAGCUGGCCUGCCUCGCCUAACAGCUGUCUUUCUCCUGUGAAGCCAUCUUUAACUCCGUCCAGACAGAGUUCAGCGAAAAGGUCUUCACCAUCCAGCAGACAUUUUUCCAGAAUAGAUGAUGGGAAUUGUGUCUCUUUGAAAGGUGGAAAGGAAAAGCUAAAUAUUGAGGCUAACAUGACAAACUCUGCACCAUCAUCAUCAUCCAGACGCUCUCCUUCUUCAUCUCCAUCUGGCAGCAGUCCCCGGAAAAACAAGAAGGAAAGAAAAUACACUUCUCCCAGAGUUUCUGUAGACUUUGGCUACCAGCAGCCCACAGUUUCCUCACGGACACGAGCCCUGUCCCCUUACACUCACCGCAAGAUGUGCCAGCUUUCAGAGGACGCCAGGCAGAGGCUCAGCCACCUCCAGUUGGGGCCUCACCACUUCAGGAAGGAGACGGAGAGCCAGCCACCCUUCUUGGUCUCUCGUUGCAGUAGUGUUUCUGGGAUGGGAACUCCUUCCUCCUCUCCCCACAGUGGUAGCAUGCAUCAACGCUCUUUUAGCUUCUCAGUUGAUCAAGCAGAUUCUUCUCUCCUGGGUAGUUACAGACCAAGAACAGCCAGACCCUGUGACCUCUCCCAGGUGAAGUCAGGUUGUACGAGAGUCCAGACAUCUCCAGAGACACGUUCCAGACAUGAAGCCCGGACCAGUCGCCCUGUGAUAGGUUCUGCCCCUGCUCAGUCUACCCAGGCUAUGUCAGACACCAGAAGUUCUCUGAAUGUCAGCAAUCAUUCCCUCAGAGAAAGGCUCCAGACCAGUCAGCCCAGUCCAUCCCAAUGGGAGGAGAUCCACAGCCGAGUCCAGAGGAUCCUACAGACACACAGAACGACCUGGGACCACCGAGUGAGCUUUGACCUUUAACCUUCUGCUCUCAAAAGGGACCAAAUAAUUUUUAGGUUACAGUGCAAAGACGUCUCACUGUUAAACUAGUAACUCUAAUAAUGCAUACAUCACAAUCACAGUUCCUACGGGCUGAUUUUUACUGCACCAGUUGUAUUUUUUCUGUAGGAAUGGAUGCACACACACAUCCAGACAACACACCUUCUUGACCUCAAGGUUUUAUCAUUCAGGGAGUCGAACCACCUCACACGUGUCUUUAUUUAUCUCAAUUUGAUGUUCAUUUACAUUUCAAAACUUCACAUGCACCUGCUGAUCCAUGUUUACCGUCAUUAUUAAGGCAGGAAAUUGUCAGAGGUUAUGUUCAAACGCAUAGCUGCACCGCUUCCUUCUCACCCAUCAGCUGGGCUGCGUUUUAAAACGCCCCGAUGGUGAAACCAAACUGAGACAUCGUCUAAUUUCUCUAAAGCUCUGUGUGAAAUUGGCUCGGCAGUAAAGAAGAAUCAUUUUGUGUGUGCGUGUGUGUUGCGCGGGGGGGGGGGCUUACAUCGUGGAUGUAAGCUGCAGCUGUUAAGGGCUCAUCUCUCACAACACAAAAGAGAAACAAGAAGGUAGCCAAGAGCCACCGUUGGGAGCCAAGCUACAAGAGACUGAAGAGAUUUAAGAGAGAAAGAAGAAAAAGUAAAAUCCUGAAUGAAAGAGCAGGAGACACAAAGAAAUUUAGCUUUAAACAUACAUUCAGAUCCAUAGUGCCACGCUGAAAUGUCUAACAUUGAAAAUAAAAACUGUAUGUAGAGUUUGUAUGCAUGUGCUCUCACAAAGGUUGUCUGCUCUUUAUAAUGAACACUUAGCUAUAGUAGCUUAAAUCUUUUAUUAUUGCUAAUUAAAUGAAGUGCAGCUGCAUUAUUUGAACCAAGAGAUCAAUUUUAAAUCAUACUGAAUGAAGAAAAUGUAUGUAUGCAGGAGGCAAUAGGUAAUACAGUGAAUGAUCACCUGGAUUCCUUCAACGCAGUGGGUACAUUUUAAAUAAAUGUGCAAGUAGGAUCUAAUUAAUGGUCAAACUAAAUCCCUUGCCUCUUGAUGACCCAUAUCGCCCAAUUCCCAUCUUUAUUCAGAGCUGGAAGGGAAAAGGUCCCAUCUGUUACUGAGUCAGCAUGUCGGAUUGUGCUGCUCACUUAUAAAGAAGACAGGUUACAGUGCAAAAUGUUAAGAUUUUCUCACUCCAACUAUAGUCCAGUGCACAGCAAAAUCUGGUUAAAAAAAAAAAAAAGGGGGUGUAUCUUUUAACAUCUGACGGUCUGUAAAUGAAUCUUGGACUCAGACAGUAGACUAUGUCUGAGGAUAGAAUUUUUAAUACCAUUUCCAUUAACAUACCAUUUUUCUUCUCAGCAGGUAGUUUUAAUAACUCUGCCUACUGCAUCUGCUUUAGCAUCUUUAUCACCAGACUGCAUUUGAGUUUCACUUGAAAUACAGUUUGCACCUUCAAAUUAAGGUAGCAGCGCAUUGUCAAUUUGAAAAUUCAUAUACAAACCAAUUUAAAAUCUGUUCUAUUUUUAAUGUGACAGUAUUGCUUGCAAAUUAUGAAUUGAGUUUGCCUCUCAAUGUUAAUAUUAGAGUUAGUGAUAUUUCCAAAUAUUGAAAUCACUUAAAAAUUCAAUUUAGCUACUUGAUAGUCAUUCAUAUGAAGUCAUGUCUGAAUAUGCUGAAUUAAUUGUAACAAAUGUCACCUUCAGUUCUUCCUGCUUAUUCUGUUUCUUUGUGGCAGAAUGCUUACACUCAGAGUUUGUAGCCUCUAUUUCAGCCAAAGCUGGUCAGGCACUCAAAAAGUAAUUUUGUUUUAUUCUGGUUCUCCCUCUUUUUUGUGGUCUUCUUUUUAAGAAUUACUAAAAACAGUAACAUAAAAUGUUUAAAAAUGUGGCCUAUAU